ACCAGCAGGAGAAGAUCCAAACACACUCAACUCUUCCAUCCGCUGAGCGUUUUGCAAAGAAGCUCCCAAAAUGAAAGGCGCCCAAUAUCUCGCUGGUCUUCUUCUGCUCCUCUUUGUUCAAAACAGCAUCUGCGUACCGCUGCAAGACGACACCACAAGCACAGAGACAGCGGAGAGUCUUCUGGAGAGGGGUCAAGGAUUUACGACCGCGAAGAGACAUUCUGAGGGAACUUUCUCCAAUGACUACAGCAAAUACCUGGAGACCAGGAGAGCACAAGACUUUGUUCAGUGGCUCAUGAACUCCAAGAGAAAUGGUGGUUCGGCCAAACGUCACGCUGAGGGAACCUACACCAGCGACAUCAGCUCUUACCUGCAGGACCAGGCAGCCCAGAACUUUGUGGCCUGGCUAAAGUCUGGACAGCCCAAGCAAGACGUUGCAGACAACAGAGGCCCAAAUUUGCCUCGUAGGAGGCAUGUCGAUGGCAGUUUCACCAGCGACGUCAACAAGGUCUUGGACAGCAUCGCUGCCAAGGAGUAUUUACAAUGGGUGAUGAACUCCAAGACGUCAGGGACGAGUGGCAAACGUGGCGGAAAUCAAUGAGGAACCAGAGGGCUUCCCUGCAUUUGGAUCCUGAAGGGGACUCGAUCAUCAAAAUGAAUGAAAGCCAUAUCGCAAAAACGGAGACAACUCUUCAAAUCAAAAGCCAUUUUAUUUUAUUUAAAAAAAAACCUCUGAGCACUGUGGUUGUUAUUUAUUUUCCCUUAGUGUGAAAGAACAUCAUGUAAGUUGUGAUGAGAGAAACUGAAAUAUUUUUCUAUAGUUUUGAGCUAUUUUCUAUGUGUGCGAUAAAAACAAAACUCAGGUGAAUGCACUAAACACUCAGGUAAAAAAAGUGACAUUUUACGUGUGCCACCGCUGUAUCAAAGUGCCAUAGAAAUGGUGUCUUGCUCUGCAAAAUAAACUUUUUCGUAUUUCA